GAGACUACGAUAAAUAGGUUAUGCAUUUACACUUAUUUACAAUGUAAUGAUGACAGUUCAAAACAGUCCUAAAAUGCAACGGAAAGACAGGUCCGAUAAUAUUAUUUCUGUCCGUGGACCGUGACACCGUGACAACGGACCUGGGCUCUCGUGACACAUUAACGGCAAACGGGAAUGCGCAUGUGAUAAAGCAGUUGAGUAUGUUAUUGCACGCCCACUAUCUGAAACGAAGGGCACGAGCGAAAACGACACGCAAGAGGACUGGGGCGGCGCAGAAUCGAAUGAACUCAGGAUCUUGAAAGUUGUGGUUAUUUCCAACCCUACCGAGUUCGUUUAUAACGGACGGUUCGAUGAAUGCUCGAAUCUAUUAAAGAGGUUAAUUCACAGAAAGAAGACCGUGGAAGUUGGGCAGAUUUUCAACUGCUAUGAGGAUUCUCAAAUUCUUCAUGGGGUACAGUUGCAGAAUGCUAUGAACGCUUCCUGCUGUGUGACGUUGGCUUUGUUUGAAGAAGUUGCGUGAAACUGGUAACUCCCACUCGGGGUCAGACAUGUCUGUGAUAGUGGGAGAGGGGCGGUUCAUAGCCCAGAGGAUCACCAGAAGCAUCACCUACUACUACACCAGCCGGACACCAGGGGGUGAUAGCCCAUCCCCCUCUCCUCCCACCAUCUCCCCCACCUCCUCCCAUCUAGACACUCCUCUUCCCUCCCCCUCGUACUCCCUCUCCACCCCCUUGCUCCCAGUCUUGCCCACUCACCACGACGUUUCCUCAAUUCUCACCCCUUCCGCUUUGGAUGUACCACCCCUCUCUCCAUCCUCGCCCUCCUCCCACCGUCCCCUCCUCCUCCUUUUCCCGUGGCUUGGCGCGCGACCAGGGGGCAUGGCGAAGUACCGGGACAUCUACCUGGAACGCGGCCUGGACAUCCUAUCUGUGGAGAGCACUGUGUGGCACUUCCUGUGGCCUCGCUGGGGGCUGGAGUAUGCGGCCGAGGUCCUGGAGCUCCUUGAUGACCCGCGUUUCAAAGGGCGCCCCCUUCUGGUCCACGCCUUCUCCAUCGGCGGGUACACUUUCUGCCAGCUUCUCAGCCAGAUGGUCAGGGAGCCACAGAAGUACCCGGGCCUGGCCCAACGGGUCAUAGGACAUGUCUAUGACAGCCUGGUGAUCGGGUCGCUGGAGCAUAUGGCUACAGGCCUGGGCAAGACCCUGUUCCCUCGUAUCGAGCCCCUGGUGCGAUACACCGCUCUGCUCUACUUCUGGCUCUUCAAGUCCCAGACGGUGCACUACUACGACAACUCAGUCCAGGUCUUCUACAACAGCCCCGUCACCGCCCCGGCGCUCUUCUUCUUCUGCGAGAACGACGCGAUGUGCGACCCCGUCGCCAUUGAGGCGAUACUCGACCUCUGGAGGAAGCGGGGCGUUGCUGUGGAAAGCAGGAAGUGGAAGGAGUCUGUGCACGCUGCUCAUCUACGCUGUCACCGAGAGGAGUACCUCUCAACACUGGAGACAUUUUUUCACUUGCUCAACAUUGCCCCCCUCAGGGCUAAGAUGUGAAUGGCUCAUGUGCUAAUCACAGUGAGGGGUUUGAUAAUUCAAUAAAUCCUGCAUACUCAUGCUCCAACACAAAUGUAAUAACAAUAUUAUAACAUAGUGUAGUCAUGUAGCAUGUAAACUUUUAUCCAUAGAAACUUGGUUGACACAUACCCAGCAUAUGGGUCACGAGGGGUUAGGGAAUCUAACCCACAACACACACGUUUUACUUCCCUGAUGCUAUAAUAACAACAUAUCCAAUCCUAA